GCACCGCUCCUGUCGACUGCGUCCUGCAGCUUCCAGGAAGCGGAACGAAUGAAGUUCAUUUUUCACAGCUGGUGAUGGCGGAUGCUGUCGAAAUAGACACCAUGAAGAAUUAUAACAUAGCGUUUGAGAGGAUAGACCCCAGCAUAAGCCGCUAUCCCUACUGUAUCGUAUGGACGCCAAUCCCCGUGUUAUCAUGGCUGUUUCCGUUCAUUGGCCACAUGGGCAUCUGCACGUCCACUGGAGUGAUCCGUGAUUUUGCAGGUCCAUACUUUGUCUCAGAGGAUAACAUGGCAUUUGGAAGACCAACAAAGUACUGGAUGUUAGAUGCAAAUAAAAUAUAUGGCAGAGGGUCUGACGCUUGGGACAUAGCCAUCCACAAUGCAUCAGAAGAGUAUAAACAGAGAAUGCACAACCUUUGUUGUGACAAUUGUCACUCGCAUGUUGCCAUGGCACUGAACUUGAUGCACUAUGACAACAGCACCUCAUGGAAUAUGGUGAAUCUUUGCCUUCUCGCACUUAUUCAUGGAAAACAUGUCAGUUGUGCGGGCUUUCUGAAGACUUGGCUUCCGUUCUUCAUCCUAACCAUUGUCAUCCUUGUAGCAGCCCUUUGUCUAAACCUGCGAUGACCAGACCUGGAUCAAGCAGAGGUGGGCGGUUCAGGGUGGGCGGGUUAUUGAGACCAGCACCCUGCAGGAAACCCAUUUCUCCACCUUAAAGUGGGACUCCAAUACAUGUCAACUGGACCAGAGGUGUCAACACAACCCUGUCCAACUCUUCAAAACAUAGAGGAGCUCAACAUCGAAAUUAGAAUGCAAGAUCUCUUUGUUGUAGUGUAGAGACCACAAAUCCACCAUGGCUUUAAUGUCUUGUGGAGAUAUAAGAUACUCUUCUCAAAAGCGUGUCUUCCAAAGGCAUGAAUUUGCUGUCACUCUUAAAGGUUAUGGUGCUCAUUUAUUGUUUGGUUAGAUUUUGAUCUCCAAACUAGAACUGCUGUAUAGGAAAAAUAACACUACAACUUUUAAAUAUAAAUGUCUUAUAUUUUAAAUAUAACUUGAAUAUACAUUUCUAAUGAUUAUUGUGGAACAAAAGCAUUGAGAUAUGUUGUAAAAUGGAUUUCCUUUUAAAAUGAACACUCAUCUACUAUAAUUUAAAGAUGUCCACAUUGGCUUUCUUAUUGACAAGCUUAACCGCGUCAUGGCUAGCUACAAAUAUUUUAUAGCUUUUGCUUUUAAUGGUGUAGCUUGGCAUGCUUUAAGAGUAAUUUGUUCCAUGUUUUUAUACCAAAAAAAUUGAAUUACAUAUAGAGGUUACCACCCAAAAAUUGAUAAAGCAGCUGAUUAAGCAGUCUUGUUUGCAUUAUGUAUAUUUACAAGCAGCAUUUGUAUCAAACUGCCUGGCCAGCUAAUCUUAUAUUGCAUGAUAUACUGUCAACAUGUACAGUACCAGCAAACAACCCAUUUUACAUCCAUAAUGUAACAUAUUUCGCAGUGAAACAGGACAUUCAACAAGAAAGCAAAUGAUUGAUAACUGAUUGUAACAUAAAAAGUGGGUGUUCUAUAUUAGAAUGGAGCCAGGUGAUUGGAGGAAAAGGGUUAAAAAGUAAGGGGGAUUCGUUACAUCAGUCAAAAGCAGGGGUGGACUGGUCAUAGGGAGAUGGCCAUGGGCUGGCCGCAAAACGGGGCGAACACCUGUAUUUUUAGUUUUUUUACUUUGUGUUGUGUUUUGUUUUUGUGUCCAAAAACUACCAGAUGACAUGCCGAAAAGCUCCCAAAUUAUUGUUUCGACAAGAAUUAUGAAAGGAAAUACUGUCAUAUUGACCAUUAAUAACAACUUGCUCAUUUUUCAUAGUGUAAUGAAAAACAACAUUAAUGAAAACAUGAUUUGUGUUCCAUAAACUCAAUGAUUUGGGUAAUGUUUAUCAAGAGACUCAUGAAUUACAGUUAACAUGAGACUUAAUUUUAUCCAUCAGGAAUUGAUUGGAUUUUGAAACAAGAUGGAGAGAGGUUGAAAAAUAAGGCACUUGCAAAAGGAGUCAUUUUGUAAGAUGAACAAGCUAUUAUUUUAGGAUGUCAUUUUGAUUAUGAUGAUUACGAGAAAAGCUAUUUGCUUCUUUGGAAUAAUGUGCACCGGUCCUUUACAAUAAGACCAGGAUUGUGCUUCAAGAAAGUAAAUAAGAGUCUGUUUUCAUGUUGAUUUUAAGCUGGUACAUGCCUAAAAGUGUUUUUACAUUAAAUGGAUCCAACUGGUUUAUCACCUAGAUUACAUCCAACCUCCAUUACUGUAAUCCAGAACACUGUUCCCUCUGUUAUACCUGUUAGAGAUCUGUUUGUCUUUCUCCGCUAUUAAGUUUGCAUUUUGUUUCAAACACCAAUUGAAUCAGGCUGUAAUUCUAGACUAGGCUCUGAACACCAAAUCCGUUUCCAUGGCUGCUGUUCCAGAAUUAAAUCCACCCAUUGUUUGAGCCCCCCGCCCUCUGGCUCCAUUGCUCCAUUACUCUGUUACUCCCUUCUCACAUUUUUUUAUGUUCUCCUCGUUCACAGUCCCUCGCUCUUUGGAAGUAUUGCCAAGAGCAGCAGGUAGCCAAGUGUUUUAAACCCUUUGGAGACUCUUACUAAAGAUCUUCAGAUUGGCUAGAGUGUUUGAGGAGUGUGGCCUCUGCUGGUACCGGCUAGAGCUGAUCAGAUUAGAGAGACACUGGGAAACAUAAUUGACUGGGCUGCUUACUUACAGGUUUCCUGUCUUCAAAGAAGUGAACUGGUCGAUCAGAAGCUCACUUGACUGUUUUGGUUUUUAAAGUUGCUGCAGCCCAGAAGUUCCCAGUUCCUGUUUGUAAUUCCUGAAAACGAAUGGCAUUCCACAGGGAUUAAACUUUUUUUUAUAAGGGAUUAUAAAAUUUUUACUUAUUUUUACAGGGAUUAAAGUCACAAUUGCGAAAAAUAAAGUCGAAAUUGUGAGAAAGUAGCUAUUGUAAGGUUUAAUACACUUUUAAAGGUUUUAUAGCAAGUGCAAGUUUAUAUCUCGCAAUUCCAACAUGAUAUAACAUAAUUCGGUGACAAUCAGUGACAAACUUGCAACUAAAUUGUGAGUUUAUUUCUCGUAAUAGCAGGAUUUAAACUUGCAAUUGUGACUUCUUGCAAUUACGAUGAAAACUAAUAAUUUCGUUUGUCACGUAAUUGAGGCUUUAUGUCUCUGUAUUUUUGUUGCUGAUGACUUUAAAUUUGACAAUUACGAGAAAUAAACUCAUAAUUUAGUAUGUCACACAUUUGCGAGAAAUAUUUGUAAUUACUAGAAAUAGUCACAAUUUUUUGAAAUAAAUCGAAUUUGUAAGGUUUUAUAGAAUUCUAUAGGUUUUAUAGCCUAUCUCAGAAUUGCGAGUUUAUAUCUCGCAAUUGCAACUUUAUUUAACCUAAGUCAGUGACAAAAUCAAUGACGAACUAGCAACUAAAUUGUGUGUUUAUUUCUCAUAAUUGCAGGCUUUAGACUUCCAAUUGCGACUUAUUUCCCAAAAAAAGAACAUUUUAGAUUGUCACCUAAUUGCGGGUUUAUGUCUCUGAAUUGUUGUUGCUGACUUAUGUUUUGACUCUUAAGUCUCACAAUUACGAGAUAUAAACUCUAAAUUGAGUUUGUCAUGCAGUUGCGAGAUUGUCACUGAGUUUAUUUCACUGACUCAUGUCGAAAUUAGAAAGUCGUAAUUGUAAGAGCUUAUAUCUCACAACUUCUACUUUAAUUGCAAGAGAUAAACAAACUGAUCAGUUAAAUCGGAAACAGUAGUUUGACUUUUCUUUAGCUAAAAUUGUUCUGUGCUUACCAAAAUUUUAAUUUGAACCCGGGUCUCCCACGCUGCUGACACAACGAGCUUCCGGUUAUGCCACAAGGGAAGGUAAACACACUGGAGCUGAUGCAAAAAUGUAUGCAAGGAGAUAGUGCUUGUCAGUGAGUCAGCAUAAUGUGGCCGAUCCUAUACAGGAACUCUCUGAAACAACAUGCCGACUUCUCUCAGAGGACUCGAUCGUAUGGAAUAACAUGAGUUAGUGAUAAUUAGUAUCUUUGGCGUAAGCCCCGUCCUAUGAUCCAGCGUCAGGAUUUUCGCUUGAACCAUCAGAUCCUGCCGGAAGGCGAAGACAGCAGGGGAGAGGAGCUUACCCCUAGAGCAGGAUGGGACCUAAACUGGUGGUGGUGGGGUGGAGGUGGGUGAAUGCCGCACGAGCAAAGUAAGACAGCUAUGGGCCUUAUGAGACAUAGGCUAGAUCUUGAUAGGAUGAGAAGCCGGAACUGAAUGAAUGAAUGACAAUGGUACCACGAGUCCACCGCGAGAACUGUCGCAUAUGCUUUCAUUUUCCAUGUAAUCUUGCUGAAAUAAAGUUACUAUCAUGAGAUAAAGGCUGAGUCUGAAACCAAAGGUAGCUGUCUUGUUGCCUCACUAGAAAUGGAAUCAAAAGUUGGAAAAAGUUAAUAAAAACAUACGUUUUGGCUAUCAACUGCCUAUUCGGCCACCUUUAUUUUUUCCAGCUCAACCACCAUGGAUUGUGGGAUUUCAUAAGCAGUGAAGGACACCUCUAUGGUGCCUUUAAAAAUCAAUCAGAUGAAGGUAUCUCAGUUGACAGGAUUUUACACAAACACUGGAUUCGGAUGUGCCUUGGUCCUUUCUCCUUAUUCAGCCUUCGAAGGCAGCAUUUUCCUGGUUUCAGACGCAGCCAUAAAGUCAAAAUUACUUUUUGAAUUACUUCUUUACUUAUUUUUUCCGUGGUGGGAUCUGACUUCUUAGACAGAUGUAUAACCUUUAGAAAAUGAUCAUCAAAUUCAGGUUUUUUUCACUUCUAUUUUAAAUGUAUUUUAUAAGAGGCUUGCAUUUUUUGCUACCCUGUUUAAAUACAGUUUACAAACCAGGUUUGUAUUUUUUCCUAGCAAUAAACAUGAAAUAAAAUGUUUACAAUGAAAUUUUAAUACUUCGAAAAUGUAAAAUAUAAAUAAAAACUAUGCCAGAUGGGUAACAGGGUCACAAGUUUAGCCUACAUUAAUCUCACUCAGUAGGGAUUAUAGGUGGGGCCAAAUGCUGGUGUUGUUAUUGAUUAAAUUAUGUUUCCCAUAUCUUACAGAAUAAAUUUUUUUUUAUAGUUAUUCUAACAAUAUCGGGACACCAAAAAGUGUAUCCUAUUCAUAAAAAGUGCCACUUAAGUUUCUUUAUUGAUUUUGCCAUUAGAACAUCUUUUCACAGAUUCUUCAUUUUGGUUCAUUUUCAAAUGUAUUAUGUCUAUGUAUUAACAAUGAGCUGCUAAUGGUUUUCUUUCAUGCUCUACCAGUUCAUCUUAUCAUUAUGUUAACUUUGUACAAUUACCAAACAAAUAAGCUAUUUUAAUAUUUAUGAAAUUGUCAUACAUUCUAUACCGCUGCGCCUGUAUCAGUGUGUGUGGACCAGUGUGCGUAUGUUUGCUUGUUAGCAUGUUUCCCCCUGUAUAAUGUAUAUUAUACGAUUAUGCUUUUACUUUAUAUAAACAACAAUUGCAUAUCAGUGUAAAUUAGUGUUGGACUUGCCUUGCCUUUCUUUUGCUUUAGCCAAUUGUCUAGCAUGUGGAUGCCCAUGACUACAACAUACAUCAGUGGCAAAAAUAAAUAUCCAGUUAUCAAAGACCAAUGGAAACAUUAAAUCAAAGCCAUUUAUAAAUAUCCAUGA